AUGACUUUUCUCGAGGACAAGGUCUUCAUGCGCGACGUUUCCAGUCAUGACGACGGCAUGACCGACUCGUACAGGACUUACGUUUAUCAGACGAAUCCACAUAUGGAAGAGAAAUUAAACAACAUUCUGCACUUGAUCGAGAACAACCUCUCUAGGUGUCAAUAUCUCCAGUCCAGGACAAGAGACGCACUAGACUUUAUAAAAGGAAAGUUUGCCCUUGUCGACAACGACGCCAACAAGGAAGACGCCGACAGUAACAAGACGAUGCAGUUUCUGCAAAUGACGUUCCUGCCAGCAACGUUCGUCGCGGCGAUUGUGUCGACGAAUUUCUUCGAUCUGACUGCGAGCCCGCCAACCGUGUCGUCGUAUAUAUGGAUCUUUUGGCUCGUGGCCAUUGCGCUGACGAUGCUCACGCUUGGUGUAUACUUCUUCUGGAAAUGGCGCAAGAAAGAGGAAAACAAGCGUAAGGAGCAGGAAGCUGAAGCGCGCAAGAACGAAGUCGGAUGGGAGGAAGGCGGCUUCGAAAUGGACACUGACGAAGAGGACGAUGAUAGUGGGAGGAGACGACGAGGGAGAAGAAGGAGGACGGCGACUGAUGCUGAGAACGGCGGUGGGAAUGGUGAGAAGAACAAAAAGGACAAGCCCGAGUUGGUGAAGUAA